AUGUCGCGAGAGUUUCAUGUGGACGAAAAUGUUUCGACUAAGCAGUUGAAUCACCAAUCUACGUCCCUUGUAAUACCGCAGCUUGCAAGGACCAGAAUUCACAAUUCUAUGUACUACAAGAUCAACCUCGACCCAGCAUCUCUGCGAGGCGAUACCAUGGUCCAACUGUCUAAGACAAUGAUGCGCGACUUUGGCACGUGUCGUGACAAUGCGCGCCGUAUGGCAUUGGUCUGCGGCGGCGUUGAGUUCAAGUGCUUGCUAAUGAAGCUAGUUCAUCUAAGGCCUCAAUGGGGCCAGAUUGUCACCAUAUUGCAAAAGGGAAACGAGCGGUCGUCAAAGUUUGACAACAAAUAUUUGGUGGUUCUUGUCCUCGUCUAUCUGCGAAUACAAUACUACUUUUUGCCGGACACCUCUGAUGAGGAGAAGGUGACUGGCGUCCUUAAUCUCAAUAAGCGGGGAAGUGUCAGUUCUGGAACCUUGCGGGGCCUCUUUAGGAUCUACUUGAGUGAUUAUCGUAAGGUCAAGUCAAUUAACCUAGAAACAGACUACUGGUAUAACUCUGCUAGCAAAGUGCCAAAGACACUCCACAUCGAUGAAGUGGUGGACUGGCUCUGCACCCAGGAUCAAAUAUGGGGGAUUCCUCUAGGCAGGUGUCAAUGGUGCAAUAUAUUCAAAGAGACUAGUAGUGAGGAAGAAAGCAGUGAUGGUAGUAGCGACAACAGUGGCGACGAAAGUGCAGAGGAAGACAGCGAUAAUGCAAGUAGCUAA